AAGCAUUUAAUGGUCUACUUACAUGUCUAGCGUUACAACAUGGUCGAAAUUUGUAAUCAUUAUCCUACUGUUGUCUUUACCUAACGUCUUUCUCGCUCAUAAAAGAAGCGAGAAGAAAAAUCUGAUCACGAUAUAAGAAUCAUAAGAGGGAAAUGCGCGACCACUUUUAUCUUUUCGAGAAAGAUAUAAUCUACAACACGCCUGAAGGGAUUGGGUGAUUUGGAGCUCUACCUGUCUGUUCGCUUGGGGACUGACGGAAUGUCACACCCCUUCUACACACGCUCUUUGUUUUAGUCUUCUUUUAUUGGUCUGCCUAUUCAUAGGUUGUCCCUUUGAGUAAACCCAACAAUGGGUCAACGAAAACCUAUCACAGGCAUCUACUUAUCACACAAAGCGUGCGGUGUUUGGUGUGCAGGGAAAGACCGUUCAGUUUAGUGGGGUUGUCUGAAAGUUUCCAAUGUUAUUGAAAAAUGCGGGAAUUUUGUCGAACAGUUUGUGAUCUUUUUUAUUGAAUAAAUCUGUCUUUCUUUACCAAUUUGCUUGGAAGAGUAAGUCAGAAAAUGGAUAUAUCCUAACUCCCCUUCGCCAACAUUGGAUCGCCCCUAAGUAUACACACGGUGACACGAGCUCGAGGGGAAACCUGAUGAAUCAGACGACUUUUUUGUUGUUGGUAACCGGGCCUGAGCCGGGUCCAGGCUGCGCCGCGCACGCCGCGUCCAUUCACGCUCUGGUUGCUACCAUCCAACUUCUCGGUUGCAAAUCUUGUCAGUGGUCGCGCUCAACUUUGACCAAAGUCAACAGGCCGAGUUUUCUAUCUCAUCAUGGCGAAUCUAGCCGCCUUACCACCUCAACCUCGCAAGUCCAACAUGACCUUCUGGUCCCGUCACAGUCCAGUCAUGAUGUCCUGGGGAGAUACUGACCACUGGUCCAAGAUGAAGCACAAGGCAACAACAUUCACCGUGUCAAUGCCAGGGCUGAACAUUAUAGACUAUAAGGACCCCAGGAAAGCCCUUACAAUGGCAGAAAACCCACACCACCACGGCAACUUCCACUAUCGCGAAGGCAAAGUCUCCAGACUACCUCCUCGGGACUUCAGCGGCCUGAUCGUGCAGGAGCUCCACGGUAACAUCCCCGGGGACUACUUCGCUCGCCAGCAGUCCCAGCAACGAGCCAAGUCCAGCCCGGCGUCACGAUGGGCCCAACGCAACACCUACAACGACAGGGCGCGGGAAGGAUUCAAGUACUGGCAACUGGACAGACCCAAGCCCACAAAGUGUAAGGUUGACUAUUCCGAGAUGUGGGGCAAGGAUACACUCAAGAGGUUUCAAUACAGAGGGAGUGGCAAUUGUUACUCCUUCACGCUCAUGGAUAAGUAUAUCUAGAUGGACGGUACGGCAUGGGGUCGAAGGGCACGGUGCUCGGGUUGGGCAAUGGACCGAGGACAUAGAGCAAUCAAUGUUAUGGACCGUAUAUACAGUGGACCAAUCAACGUAUACCAUGGGGACGAUUCGGCGAGCUUGGCCUAGGGGUCAUCUAAAAUAUGUUUUAUCAAAACAUACAGUCAGACAUUUGUAUACCAUUAAAUUACCAACUAUGCAAUAACGUUCAAAGUCCAGUUAUUAACCCCCGUGCAUGUAUAUAUAUCCCACUCAAGGUUUUCAUUGAUGCUCUGAACGAAUUCUUUUCGAUGUUGAUUUGGCCAAGACGGUUCAAACGGAUUGACGAACAAGAACCAAGGAAUACUUAGUCUACUUUAUGUUAAUUGAAACACUCUGGUCGGAGAGACUUUGGGGUAGAUUGCAUUUGCUGCUAUGACAUGUUUGUUUCCUUUCCUUGUUUAUGUUUUUGUGCUGUUAUCUUUUGUUUUAUCGCAUCAAUUGCUGCUAUCUUCAAUCAUUUAUUUUCUGUUUACUUUUUAAAAACAAAGUUCCCUUUCAAUGGUAGUUGUUAUGUUUAAUCUUAAUUCUAAUGCAUGUGAAACCAGGUGAAGAAAAUCAUUAACCUGUAUGUACCUUAUAGCAUGGGCAGGUGUCUAUGUGAUCUGUUUUUAGUAUUUGGUUUAUGGGUUUGUAUGUGAUACUUAACCAAAAGUCACACUUGCAGUUGCCAAACUGAGAUUAUAAUGUACAUAGAUGAAUGCACGUUCUGUGCAUGUUUUGUAUGUAUGUAUGUAUGUACUUCUGUAUGUAUGGUUUCAUAUUGUAAAUCGAACAAUCUUGAAUGUAAUGAAAUGGAUAGAGGAGAAAUGACAGUGAAAACUAUCAGCUGUACGCGGUGCAUUGUAUGGUAUUUUUGUGGGUUGCCGAUACACUAUAUUUGGUGCUAGGCUGGUCUGUUUAUCGUAGUGUUGUAUUUGAUGUCAAUGUCAGUGGUAAGGUUGAAACAAAAUUUACCCGUCUUCCCAGUGAUCAAUAUUUUUCUUACUCAAUAAUGAUUUAUACGUUCAAUCAGUUGAUCUAGAUUCUGUACAUGGGCCAAGGAAGUAAAUAUAACGUUACAAACAGUAAUACUUGUAUAAAAUUCGUGUUCAAUACGGUGACAUGUCUAUGAUACGUGCGUGUACUUGCGAUUGUGUGGUUUGUGUUUGACAACAGUGUUAUGUAGGAAACAGUGUUAUUUCAUGUGUUAUGCUGCUGUGAUAUCCCUGUUUUUACUUCGUAUGGUAGAUGUAACAUCAGGAAUUUUGUGAGAAUAAAAUGGUUGUGUGAAAAACUGCAUUGAAA